AUGCCUGAGUUGCGACAUGCUACGAGAUCAGGACCCGAAAGGAACGAAUAUUUAGGUCCCAAUUGGCCCACAUCGGUGGCUUCUACCUCAUUUGUACCAAGUCGAAAACUUGAUGAGCAGCAGUCAUUAGUUCCUAUAUUACAGCAGCAGCGACAAAGGAUCAAAAGGAGUGGGACGACCAAGAGCGUCAAUUCGAUCAAACAUGAGAUUCACAAUGUGCAACAGACGUUAACAAAACUUCAAAAAAACAAGGACGAUAUUCAAAAAGUCAAAUCAUCAACAACCGAUGAGAUUUACCCCGGAAACUACUCGAAAGACCAUCUUCAGCGACAUUCGCUCGCGCUACAGACCAGUAAUGAACUUCGAGGUAUCGAAAAACAGAUCAAACGGUCUAGCGUGCUCUUGUCAGCGCUGAGACAUAAAUUGGACGAUGCCAAUGUCACCGCGGAGGACAAUGCAAGGUCAUUCCACGGUAGCGAAGUUGGUGAAAGCGAAGAGAAAAUCCCGAACUUAGUGAGUUACAACUCGAGUGAACCAGAUUUGGCGGAUGACGGGUUGGAUCAUGGCUCACUUUGGAAUUCUAAUAGCACUAUGAGCAGUGGCAGCGACUUUGAGGUAGGAAACACCUCAGAAGCGCUACUUGAAAAAUCCCAAAAUGAGGGGAAAGAGCAUGCAACUUGGCUUGUUAGUGAAUUUUUACAGAGCUUGCAAGACAAGAACUCAACCGCGGAAUUUCUAUUGGGGAAAGCCAAUGAUUUAGUUGCGCUUUUACAAAAAAAUCCAGGUAUCAAAUAUGAAUUGAUUCUUUCUGCAUUCUCAAGCACAAUCCAGCAAUUAUUAUUGAGUUCCGACGAUAUCAUCGUCGCGGCAGGUUACAGGAUUUGCCGACAUUUGAUUACGGGUAAAGAAUACAUCAGGGAACUCAUCAAAUUACGCAUAACAUCGUUUUUGAUAAUAUCACUUGCAAAAGAUAGCGCUUCACUCAUCGAAAGAGAACAGGCAAUGAAAUUAAUACGAUCGUUUUUGGACUACAAAGAAGGUAUAAGCAAGGGAAUUGUUCGAGCGAUCAUAAGCUGCAUUGACAACUCCGAUGAUAAACUACGAGAUAUUGCCAUUGAAACGCUCUUAGAGAUGUGCUACGUGAUGCCAAAGCUGGUAGAGGAAUGUAAAGGCAUUCGGGUUCUUGAGGGUUUUAUCGCUGAAAACAUCUCUUCACCGCUUACUGGCCCUUUAUUGGAUGCGCUCCUUGAUUUGAUGUCAUUUGAGGAUACGAGAAAGCUGCUAGUAAACUUUGACAUCACAGUGUUGCUUACUACUUUUGCAGAAUAUCAAAACAAAUCCAAUAUGAAUAUUGAUAAACUCCAAAAAUCCUCGCAAUUGAUUUGCAAAUGUCUUAAGAACUACAAUGGACUGGUUCUAUUUGUCGCUGAAGAUUUCAAAGCUUUCCGCCAAGUCAUAACCUUUUUCCAAAUUCCUUCCAUCUGCAGAUUCUUGGCGGAUAUUAUUCUUGAUGUGUUAAGAGUAAAGAUCCUGCCGUACCAUGAACAGAACAAGGGCACUGUAUCCAAGAAUACUUCAUCCAGAUUUCAUUACGAGCUGCCUCCCAUCAACCAGUAUGUUGGACUUUUGGUGAAAAUUUUAGCAAACCUUGGAAUUAUAGACUCUUUGAUACCGGUUCUCAGCAGCACUGACUCGUUAAAACAAUCUGGGCUUGCUGGCAAAAUCCGGUAUUUAAUAUCAGAGUUUUGCAACCUUGCUAUGAACUUAGUUGGCUUCAAUCCUCUAACGUCGUUUUCAAUAAAACCUAUCACAGAGGCCGGUCAGGAACAUGUCAUCUCGGACAUCUUUUAUUUUGAGCGGCUAACGAACAAAUUAAAUCGACAUAGAAAUACUAUAGGGAUGGGGGGUUUCACAUCUGCUAAUGACAUCAUGGAAUUUACUGAAAAACUACGACAUAAUUUUCUCGUCAAUGAAGUCGACGAGACGAAGUUCAAAAAAAUGGUUUACGAUUCGCGUGUAUUACAGACCAAAGACUUUACAACAUGGAAUUGGAACACACUUUCCGAGUUAAUAGAAGGUCCCUUGCGGAACUCUAAGCGCAUAGACGCCCUUAUGCGUACUACGAAAUUUUUCCGAAGGUUAAUGGUGUUCUACCGACCGAUGCGGUACAGAUUUUCCAAAGUGAAAAACGGAUCGAGAUUUGCUCAAAGGUACAUCCAAGUGGGUUGUCAGUUUUUCAAAAUGCUGAUAUCCACCCAAGAAGGGAUUAGAAUAUUACACGACGACACGAAAUUAAUCCCACAAAUCGCAUCUCUGCUAUACCGAGCUAUGGAAGGACAGACAACAAAUAAUGUGCUGACAGAGCCCAACUUUAGUCAAUCAGUUUGCCCUGGCUAUUUGAAAAUUUUGGGGGUCUUGACGGAGGCCCAAAGUGGCAUUGAACUGCUGGAGAAAUGGAAUAUUUUCACGGUGAUCUACAAAAUGUUUCAAAAGCGCUCGUCUAUUGGUAAAACCUACCUUCUUCAGAUUUUGCCAGAGCUCGACCUCACGUUUUCGCUGCAUUGCAGAACGAUCUUGGGCAAAGCGCUGGUGCAUGAGGAUGAAGAGAUUCGUAUUGCAGCGACCAAUGCAUUAGGACUCUCGUUACAAAAAUUUUCCUCCGAGAGCAGUAGGUUGCAAUUUACUUUGUUGGAAAUGCUGGUUCGCCAACUUUACGAUCUUUCUCCGGAUGUGAUAGGCGCGGCGGACAAGACUCUGUAUGAAUUUUGUGCUAGUCAAAAGUGGCCCAAAAUGAUAGCGUAUCCCCGCCGACAUCUAUUACAUCAGCUAGUCUUCAUAAAGUCUCCGCUACUAUUCGAGUUCCUUCAAACACCUACAGGCUUCCGACAGCUUGACGAAAUUCAGUUUAUUCAAGUGGAGAGGAAUAAAUGGUUCACUCGAAAAAACCUGGAGUACGUUUCCAAAGUGGAAGCUUUCAUUCAGAAGGAAAUGGUGUAUGUCGAAUUUGUCAAUGAUGGAUCAGAGCGUGCCAAAAGCAUGCCCUUGCAUUUUUAUGGAAGUUUGGCUCAUACAGAAGAGGGAGUUGCAUUGAUAACUCAGAUGGGCGACCUCGUGGCGUUUGCGAAUAUCGUCAAGGCUCAUCGAGCCGACAUGAAACUGGCGAUGAUGCCAGAAAAGCUGCUACAGUUGAAGGCGGCGCUCUGGUGUUGCGGCCUCAUAGGGUCGACGGAUCUCGGUAUUGCUUUGCUGGAUAACUACACGAUUGUAGAAGACAUUAUUGAAUUAGCGUACUCUGCGCUUGCCACCGAUGUCAAGUUCACGGCUUUCUACGUGCUUGGCCUGGUUUCGAAGACGAAGGAAGGGUGCGAGAUCUUGGACGAGCUUCACUGGGAUUGUUGUCUUAAUGUAUUGAAUUUACCGACCGGGCUGACUUAUCCAAUGGACGUUAAAAAAUUCCUUGGGAGCAACAGCAGCGGCUCGCAGGAUUUGAAAAAUGUUGGUAAUGGAAAGUCUGCUGAAGUCGAUUUGAUGACAGGGGAAGACAUUGUAUUGGACCUGGAUAAACUGCUUUCCUUAAAAGCCGAGUCCGAGAGCACGCGGCGGGAUGCAAACGAGGAUCUUCAGGCAGAGAUGGAGCGAUUCAAAAUCGAUGCGCAAUUGAACAGCAUAAGUAACUCUAAAAGUGACUACAACGAGCUGACAGAGCGGAUUUUGCGGGCUGCAAGCAAGCUCAAUAACUCCAUUCUGUCGAACGGUGCCGCCAAGGAGAUUACAGACUUGCGAACUGCGUACGGGUCUGCCCGGGUCGCGACACCGCAGAUGUUCACGCGCAUUGUCGAAUUGCUGGAACAGUACCGGUUUAAGCCCCCCGCGCGCAAGUUUCUGUGCGAGCUGUUCAUGAGCAAGAAGACACUCGAAACGAUGAUCCGGAAAGACCGCAAGAGACGGAAAGCGUAA